CCGCCCCUUCCGGAGCAGCCGCCAUGGCGGAGCCGGCCGGGCCCUUUCAUCUACUGCAGUGCGGGCUGGACCGGUACCUCUGCUACUGCCGCCCCGGUCCCGGUCCUGGCGGUACCGUUUAUGUGACCGACGCGCUGGAGGUCUGGGCCGGGGAGUUUGGAGCCUGCCCGCCGCUCGGCUGCCGGUGCCAGCCCGAGGAGCACGGCGCGAAGCUCAGGGAGGCUCUGGGGCGAGGGAACGCGGCGCUGAGCAUGGGCCCGGGGAAAGCCACGCUGCAGCUGCGGGAGAAGGAGGAGGAAGCGGCGUCCCGGUGCUCGGCUCUGGAUCUCUUCAAGCUGCCCGCGGCCGGGGCGAGGAGCCAGCUCCAGGCGUUGGUGUUCGGUAUGGCGGGGCGUGUUGAGAGUCUGGAGAGACGCCUGGAAGCGGUGGAGACGCUGGUGUCUUCCCGCAGCCCUGAGAAGAAUACAGCCCUGAGCCAGCAGCUCUUCCUGCCAGAUCCCAGCCCCAGGAAGAACAGAGAUACUGGCUCAGCUUUGCUGGCCAAGAGGAAGAUCCCAGGAGAGUCUCUCAUUAACCCUGGCUUCAAAAGCAAGAAGGCACCAUCUGGAGUGGACUUUGAGGACUCCUGACCUGCCCUGGCGUGGCCCCCAGUGACAUCUCUACAGGAGCCUUGUCAACUGCCUGGGUGGCUGGUGGAGGAGAUAUCACUGCACCCUGAGCCCCUUGCACCCAGGGAUGCCACCAGGACAAGGAGGAUUCAGAGGACUGGAGCCAGUGCCUGGCAGGACUGAGCAGGCAACAGAUCCCAAGCUGGAGCAGGGCCUUUGGACAGACAGAUGGGGCAGGUGACAGAAGUGGAUUUUUUCCUCACAGCUCUUCCCUGUUGUCAGGGACCCCUUCUCUACUUCACCUGCCAUGGGUUGGUGGGGUUUUUAAAGAACUUUUAUAUUGCUAUGUAACAAAAAGAUUGCCUGUGUUUAGCUUCCUGACAGUAAAGCAGGUUUUAGCCA